UUGGUAGCAUUGUUCUUGGUCGUUGCUCAAUAGGGGUAAAGUAUGACGAGGAGAGCGGACCGUAACCUUAAUUCGACGUGUGCUGAGAAUCAGAUGCAAAACUGCCGCGUAUCGAUAAGGCAAGACAAAACACUACACCAAACUUUCGGCCUUUCAGAAAAGUUGGAUAAAGGAUCGAGAUGGACGACGUAGACACCCACAGUCGCUCCCCAUCUCCAGCCUUCGACGACGACGAAAUCCUCCCCGGUCCCCCCUCUCGCCCCACUCGCCGCGAAAUCCUCGAACACAAAGACCUCCUCAAAUCCCUCGACCACACCGACGCCCACAACAUCUCCCUCCACGCCCUCUCCUCCCACAACCUCCGAAAACGCCUCCGUCCCUCCUCCACCGAUCCCGAUGUGUACCAAGAAAUUGAAACCGAAGAUGGGAGAAUCGUCAAGAAAAAGAUGAGGUUGAAUCGGGUAUGGACAGCGUGGCCUAUGCCUGCACAUCUCGUCCCGCGACCACGGGGGGAGGGUCGGUGGGGUAUACACCCAUCCGCGCCGCUCCGAGACGAGAUCCACGCCGCUUUCCACCGGAUCUCGAAUGCGGCUCUACAUUCCGCUGGUCUCGAGCCCUCUGCGGCGGAUAUACCAGACCACCCAGCCCACACCGCAAUCCACGCCCUCGAACCCGCAAUACUCGGACGAAUCGAUGACUUGCUUCAGGCUGUUGCGAAAAUGCGCGCGAGGCAGGGUGGUAAAGCGGAUGGCGACCGUUUAUCGAAGGUUUGCGCAGGACAGCUACUGAGUAUCGCAGAGAGUAUCUCAAAAAGCUGGGAUCCGGACGCGGUGCAGAGGGCACGGGCACGGAUGGAGAGCCUACUCGGCGCGGAUGAAGUAUGGAAUCCACCACGACGAGAACACACAACCCCUCCAGUCCCCGACCAAGAGCAGGAGCAGCUAACGAUGCCCCCAACCCUCCCCCUCCCCUCCUUCCUCGAUGAUCCCUCUCGCAGCCACUGGUCCCACCUCUCGCACAUCCGUGGGCGGAAAACUCCUACCCUCACAAAACCACCACGAGCAUGGCAACCGCCGAAACCCGCGACGGCGACAGCAGCCGCAAAGAGAGCAGCAGCAGCAGCAGCACAAGAGGCAAAGAGAGCUACAGCAUUGAAGGAAGGAGGGGAGGAGGUGCACGACGAGAAGGGUGGAGAGCACAACCACCACCCACACCUCAAAAAGUCGAAAAAUCAUGAGUGUCCAGGUUGUGGAAAGGGAUUUACGAGGAAGGGUAGUCUUCAUACGCAUAUGAAGCAGAGGUGCAAAGAACUUCAAAAAGAAGACGAGGGAGAAGAAGGAUAGGGUGAAAGAUAUCGAUCUUGGGAUGGGUUUAGGACACCGCAUCGCGAACGAAUUCGAACCGUGGUGAAGAAGACAACAGACAGCCAAAUUUAACCUCCCGGGUCUUAGUUCAGCUAGCUAGCACUUACGCAUCAUCACAUAAUCAAUGUCUCUGGAGAUUUGCCGUGCCGAACGUCUAUAACUAUCCCCAUGCUCGUGCUCAUAACGGCCCAAUCUCCAACCCCCCCAUCCUCCUCUCGAAAUUCAUCUCCACCCCAUCAGCAGCCUCGACUUCUUUAACAACCUCCCCAUCACCAACCCUCUCAUCCCUCCCCGUCCCUGCCAAUG